AUGUCUGACGUGAAUUCCACCCCACUGGGCCAGGGCUAUGGCUAUGGCAUUGUCCUGGGCCUGGGCUUUGCGUUUGCCAUCUUCAUGAUUACCGUUACUCACAUCCUCAAACGAUUCAACAAUGAAGUCCAAACAUCGGAAAUGUUCAACACGGCUGGCCGUACCGUCAAAUCUGGCCUGGUCGCCUCUGCCGUCGUCUCCUCCUGGACCUGGGCCGCGACUCUAUUACAGAGCUCCGGCGUGUGCUAUCGUUACGGAGUUUCUGGUCCCUUCUGGUACGCCUCUGGAGCUACCGUCCAGAUUCUGCUCUUCGCUACGAUCGCCAUCACGCUCAAGAAGCGAGCUCCGAACGCCCAUACGUUCCUGGAAGUCAUCAAGGCGAGAUACGGCAAAGCAGCACAUUUCACUUUCAUUGUCUUUGGCCUCAUGACCAAUAUGCUGGUCUCCCUCAUGCUAAUCACAGGAGGAGCCGCAACAGUGAAUGCUUUGACAGGAAUGCAUGGUGUAGCCGCAAUCUUCCUCAUUCCGAUCCCUGUGGUAGCAUACACAGUCUCUGGCGGUCUGAAAGCAACCUUCAUUACAGAUUAUAUCCACACCUUUGCUGUCCUCAUUAUCAUCAUGAUAUUUGCACUAAAGACCUACGCCACUUCAGAUGUUCUUGGUAGCCCGUCAGCCGUAUAUGAUCUCCUCGUCAAAGCUGCCCAGGCCCAUCCCGUCUCCGGUAACCGCGACGGCAGCUAUCUCACCAUGAGAUCCCAGGGUGGUGCCAUCUUCUUUGUCAUCAACAUUGUUGGAAACUUUGGAACUGUAUUCUUGGACAACGGCUACUAUAAUAAAUCUAUAGCGGCAUCUCCAAUCCAUGCUUUGCCUGGAUACAUCAUGGGCGGCGCGGCGUGGUUUGCCAUUCCCUGGUUGACGGCCACGACACUCGGUCUCGCGGCUCUGGCGCUUGAGUCUAGCCCUCAGUUUCCGACAUAUCCCAACCGCCUGACAGACUCUCAGGUUUCUGCUGGGCUGGCGCUUCCUUAUGCCGCAGUGGCUCUCAUGGGCAAGGGCGGCGCAAUUGCAACUCUCAUCAUGCUGUUCUUGGCCGUCACUUCGGCUUUCAGUGCUGAGUUGGUGGCCACGUCUACCAUCUUUACAUAUGAUGUUUACAAGACUUACUUCCGCCCUAAUGCCAGCAGCAAAAGCCUUGUCUGGAUGUCUCACAUGUGCAUGGUUGGCUACAUGAUUGUUGUCUGUUGCAUCUCCACGGGUCUGUGGUACAACGGUAUCUCCAUGGGCUACCUCUACCUCCUUAUGGGUGUACUAAUCUCGGCUGCCGUGAUCCCAGCCACGUUGACUUUGCUAUGGAACGGCCAAAACCGCUGGGCAGCGAUACUCUCGCCUAUUCUCGGUACCAUCUGCUCCAUUGUCGCCUGGCUAGUAACAGCAAAGAAGACGUGCGGCAAGCUGGACGUCGACUGCACAGGAUCAAACGACCCAAUGCUGGCCGGCAAUGUGACUGCGCUGCUGGCGCCAGUCAUCUUUGUGCCGCUGCUUUGCCUCAUCUUUGGCUUCGACAAGUACGAUUGGCAGUCUAUGAUGGAGAUUCGAAAGGUGGAUGAUCACGAUAUCAUCCAGGCAUCUGGGCUUGACCGCGAGGCGCAGCGAGAGCUGGAGCGAAACCAGGAACGAACUGAGUCCGAAGAAGAGCGACGGAAGCUGAACAAGGCAUUCAAGAUUGCCUCCUUUGUUACAGUUUUCAUGGCUAUCGCAUUCCUCGUUCUUUGGCCAAUGCCCAUGUACGGCACCGGGUAUAUCUUCUCCAAGCCCUUCUUCACCGGCUGGGUAACCGUGGGCAUCAUUUGGAUCUUCUGCUCAUUCAUCUGCGUGGGACUGUAUCCGAUAUGGGAGAGCAGAGCGACGCUGACGAGGGUCCUUGGAGGAAUCCUUACGGGCAAGAGGCCUGCUGCUGUUACGAUGGUCACGGAAAGCGAAGACAGCGGAACUUUGACACCUGAAAAGGAUUAUAUGAAAGAAGGGUCAAUAUAA